AUGUCUCCGCGCGAGGGGGCCCAGGCCGGGCCGGCGGGGCCGGGGCUGUGCCGGGGCUGUGCCGGGGCAGUGCUGGCGGGGCCGGGGCAGUGCGGGGGCUGUACCGGGGCAGUGCGGGGGCUGUGCCGAUGCAGGUCGGCGGCUGUACCGGGGCUGUGCUGGCGGGGCCGGGGGUGUGCCGGUGCUGUGCUGGCGGGGCCUGGGCCGUGGCUGAGGGGUGGCCCCACGCCGGGAGCCGGAGCCGUUGCCAUGGCUACGCCGGCAGAGCCGAGCCGCGGUGCGGGAGCGCGGCUCUGCGAGCGAUCGUAUCGAUUAAACGAAAUCUAUAGAUAUAGGUAUAUAUACACACAUACAUACACAUUGGCGCAAGGGGAAAGCGGCACUGAGGAGGUCUGGUGCGGAAGGUGGCCGUCAGAUCCCUUCGCGGUCCCCGGGAAUGGGGACAGCACUCGCCAGCAGGGCAGCACUCGACCCCUGCUUGCCAGCUCUCUUAAAGUCACUGUCAGUGUGGACACCUCAGGUCGUCCCACAGGGAUUCCUUGGAUGGCGGGUGGAGCUCAGCAAGUCCCUGGCACUGCAAAAAGGAACAAAGGCUGGUUCUACAAGAGAGAGAAGGAUGAGACAAAUUAUAACAGCUGGGAGUUUCUUGUCAGUAAGAUGGCAUAAAAACAGAAAUGCUAAAAUUGUUUGCACAUAAGGCACGUUUAUAUUUUUAUUGAGAAGGAAACUGCACAUUGCACUGUCAAGAAGACACUUUAUUUGUAUCCUAAUAAACAUUAUGUUGUUGGGCAUCUUUGAAAUCCAUGGCAAACUGGCCCAGCUUGCUGGCAUUCAAAUUACUUCCAAGCACAGUUUUAUUUAGUAUCUGGAAUGGACUAUAAAGACUGGAUUUGUGAGCAGAGGGCCCGAUUUGCUUCUUGUCUCCUUGAAGUCAAUGGCAAAACUCCCAUUCACUUCAGCAGUAACAGCUCAGGCCAGAGUUUUUAGCAGUCUUCCAAAAGAAAGCAAUGCUGCCUGCAACAGCACGUGGGAAGGCAUGGACCCUAUCCUCCUGGGCAGAGAGAGCAGCGGUUCUUCAUCUCUCUAACUCUUGAGAAGAACAUCUAAUCUGUGCAGCACAGGCUUUGAUGCCAGCUAGUAUUUUUGUCCCCAUGGUGCAAGUAGCUAUCCAAAAUCUGGGCCUUGCUGUCUUUGUUGCAUUAGGCAUGGAAGAGGAUGAUAGGAACCCAGGAUUUCUUUGGGAAAGGCCUGUUUAUUUUCAGACGUUGUUAUUAACAGCAAAGUGCUAUUACAGCAAAGUAGUUCCAUGUUUGGAAGCGGAAGUCUCUUUUUAGGGAGCACUCAGCUAAGAAGAACUGUAUUUUUGUUUCACCCCCUGACACUACACCGUGGUGGCUUUCCCAAUGUCUUCUCUUUUCUCAUUAUUUUUCAUUCCCUCACACAUCCACCUACAACAUGCAACCCCCCCCCAGCUGUUUCACUCACAACUUCACCCAGGAGAGCUGCUGGUCUGCUCUCUGCUCCUGCCCUUUUUGCUCUUGCCUUGGGAAGCUGAGCCGUGCUCUGGGUGGUGACUUCUGUUCUUCCUUUUGCCCUUAAAUUAAAGGACACUUAAUUGCUGUUUCAUUUAGUCUUAAAAAACCAAACUUCUGACUUUCACCUACACUGUGUUCUGUGAUUGCUGUUUCAGCACAUAAGUACAUAAGUACUUUACUUUUGACUUCAGACUGACUGACUCAAAGGUGGCAUUUUCUUUCAUAAGGGUCUCUAAGGGCACACUGUUAACUCGUGUUUAACUGACAAAAAUCCCCACACCACUUUCAGACAUAUACAAACUUGGUAUAUUUUCUUCCCCCAAUAUAUGAUUCUAUAGGAUUCCUAUAAAACUAUGUAUCUAAAUUAAAAAAAAAAAGUUAUCAGAGUGCUUAAAAAGCAUCUGAAAUACUUUUUUAUCACUAUAACAGUAUGAAAUGCAUUUCUGCUAAGUCACUGAAAACAGGUCUAGCCUUUGGUGUGAAGUGGAGAGGAUAUUUGUUAGGGAUCCACAUGAGAUUGUAGGAGAUUAUUGAGAUAUCUCUAGCCAUCACUAUAGGGAUAAUCAGUCUCUCGGUGCAAGAAAUAGGACCCAGUGAGAAGAGGCAAAGAAGAGAAAGGACAUACUAGGCUGUAGUUUUCACUACAGCAAAAAGUAAAAAAUGUGUGUCUCUAAUUCUUUAAUGUAUUGGCAAGCUGACAGCGGUAACCUUGUUUUGCCAGAACCAGUCAGAUGAGGGAAGAACGUGACAGCAGGAGUAUUGGUGUGAGGAUUAUGUACAGACAGGCAUGUUCUGAGGGUACUGUGGGGUUAUGGAUUAUCUACAUCCAGCCAGAAGAUGGAUCUAUGAAUAGUGAGAACAUCUGCUCAGUGCUCACAGACAACCAGAAAUGUAAUGUUAUCACAUAAAAGUAAAGGACUUGAGAAUAACACUUCAAAUAUUUAAGAUACUUUGAUGUAAGUGGGUGAACAUCAUGGCACAUGGCACACUGUGUUCAGGAUUAAUCAAAUACUCUAGAGAAAAGUUAGAUUUUGGGAAACAGAGAUCAGGAUCAACACAUCAAAAAGAACUGAAACCACAGGGAAGCUUUGAGCAAUGAGAACAUGAGAAGAGAACCUGCAAAGGUGAGGUUGUUUAGAUUUGGCAGCUCUUAAGAAAGGAGUCUUUAGUCAGUAUUCCUCGGAAUUAAGGAAUGGCAGGCAUUUACAGUGGUUGAAGAGAGAAGGCUUCACCUGAAUGCCCUGCAAACAGAUGUGCCAUUUGCUCUAGUACUAGAGGCCCAGACAUAGUUAAAGCACUCUCUUGUUUCCUUCAGUAAAACUCUAGUUUGAUUAGACCCAAAGUGCAUCUUCUGCUCAUUGACUAAAUUCUGAAAAGAGGAUUUUAUUUUAUUAAACUGCAGAUGAAUGAUUUCAAGCACAUUAAAAAGGGGCAUUUUUCCAAAGCUCCUUCUGUGUAAUCUGUCUGUUAAAUAAGAAUCUUCCUGACAUCCUAAAGGAAAUGACAUUCUAUUUAAACAUGUUACCUGCUGAUCUACUAGAGAAGCAGGCCAGAAGUCUUUUCUGUUUGGUUUGUGUAUGCAUGUGUGUGUGUGGUUGUUUCAUGGCUCCUGGGUAAUGUUAUCCAUAUUUUUCUGUUUGGAGAAUCACUUUUCCCUACGCACUCACCAACCAACAUGAAACCACCUAAUUAUAUUUUCAUAAUCCUGAUUAAAAACCAUCUAAAUUAUCCUGCUUGAUGUACUCAAAGAGUUUGUUGAUUGCUUUUUGAUGUGUAUUAGAGCUUUUUGCAGAGCCAC